GUUGGACGAGCCUGUUGUCAUUGGCGAGGAAGGUCGGACAUCGCUCCUCGGCAAUGUGGUUGUGCUGGAGAUUGAGUUCACAGAGCGCUAGCUCAUCCCGCCGACCUCAACAUGAAUACAUCAUCCAAUUGUAGCGCUACUCCGUCUUUGAGAAUAUUGGAUGCUGGCCAAGCACCUCCAACACCAUCCCGGCCUACUUUCUCGUGCACAUGUGGCCGCUCGCGAUCGGUAUGUCUCCGCUGCGUAUGCCACGCUCACGUUCCGCACCACAUGUACACGUAAAUCCAACAUCCUCAACAUCCUCUAACUCCUGGGCCAUCCACCUCGAAGAUGCCGAGGACCUGGGCACCCUCCUCGCUCGCAUUAGCCACACGUCGCAACUCUCGGCUCUGCUAGAGGGGUUCCAGGAGCUGCGCGAGCCACAGCGACGCUUCAUCCGCGACACAUCCUGGCCGCGCUUCUUCGAGACCGUCAUGCUCCCACCCGGCCCGGAGCGCGACGCGCGCGAUGCGGUGCUCAGGAGGCCGCACGAAGGCAAGACGUGGGACGACAGCAUGCUGCGUCGUCAGUUCGACACGUUUGUGGGUGCGUUUGGGUACAAUGCGCGCGGUGUUGCGGAGAACUGGUGGACGACGUGGGGUCGCUUGCUGAGGCAGCGGAGCAGGGGAACGCUGCACGGGGCUUCGGGGCUGAUGUGCGAUGUGUCGUCGUUUCAUGUGACGAUAGAAGGAGUAGUUCACGUUCGUACAUCUGAGCUUUGAUGAAGGUUGUGAUAUAGAGCGUUCACGAGUUUUACGAGUUUUAUGACACAUUAUAUUCCACAUUGUCAUUACUAUUGUACGAAAC